UGCACUCUGUUGCAAACGGAAGCCCCCCUUGCGAAUGGCAGCAAGUCAGCGUUAACCCAUUGUCUUCUGAGCACCGCUCUGCAAGCACGCUCUCAGAAACCCUCCAGGGUUUGCAAUGGAGACUGAUCCAUUCAAGCCUUUUGUAAAGCGAGCGGCUUCCUGGUCACUUGAGCACAGCCAGAUUUUGGUGAAUCUGUGGUGUGAGGCCAGUAAAACUGUGGAUUUCAGCAAAAGCACCAGGAAUGAUCACCUGUACCAGCAGAUCUCUAGAAAGCUGGCCACUCUGCAGAUUUUCCGGACAAGUGAUCAGUGCAGGGAGCGAAUUAAGAGGCUAAAGAGAGAAUACAGGAAGACCAGGGAUAAGAAUCGCUCCUCGGGCAACUCACCAAUGACAUGCCCAUUUUAUGAUGACUUUGACCGGGUCCUGAGCACUGUGCCCAGCACAGAGCCAACCGUGCUUCAUGACGACCUGGUGAGCCGGGACGGUGCCCUGCUGGCCCCCGAAUCCAGCCUGGGGUCUGAUUGCAGGCAGCAGCCGGCUCCCAGCCAGGAUCAUGAAGUGACAUUUUUAAUGCAACCAGUUCAAGAGCGUGCUGUGGAUCAGGAUCAAGAGCAAAUUCUCAGUCCCUACUCACAAGCGCUGUUUGAUCCUCCUGCUUCUGAAGAACAGCCCUGUGCCAAGUCUGCUGAGAACCCGGUGGAGCCAGAAGCGGCCCUAGAACCCGCCGGACCCUCAAGCUACACGGCCUGCUGUUCUUUAGGAACUCCAUCCCUGACCCAGCGUACCCUCGCAGACCAUUCCAAAAGAAAGCGUUUCCGUGAUGAAGUUAUGCUCCAUGUUCUUCAGAGGGUAGAGCAGCAGGUGCAGUACCAGAAGCAGAGGGAUGAAAGACUGGAACAACGGCGUGCUGAGAGGCAGGUGGAGAGGCUGAGGCUCGCCAUCCAGCUGGAGGCAAGCGUUUCAACCAGGGAGCAGGCACUUGCAAAGCAGUUCCUGGAACAGGAACGGCAGCUAAGGGAGGAGGACAGAGCCCAACAGAGAGAAAUGUUCCAGCAGCUCCUGUCUAUAAUGGCUGCAAGAGCACAGGCCCCUGCUGCCUCUCCCACACCACGGCAUGGUGCCCCAGCAACGUACCCUCAGCUCAGCAGAAAGUGGGGACUUUCUCUAGCUGGAACCAACCCCCUACGACAGCUCCCGGCUCUGCUGACUUCAACCCCUGAGCCGGGGACACCAGGCUGCAGAAUAACAUCCCGGUUUCGCUCCUGCUCAUCCCCUCUUCCCCAGCGACAGGGCAGGGAAAUGGCUGCCGUGGAGCCAGUUCAGCGGCUGGUGACCUUUGAGGAGGUGGCUGUGUAUUUCACCCGGGAAGAGUGGGCUCUGCUGGACCCCACUCAGAGAGCCCUCUACAGAGACGUCAUGCGGGAGAACUAUGAGAAUGUGACCUCUCUGGCAGGUGAUGGGAUGGUGAGUGAGGAUGCAGAAAAGAAUUCUCAACAGGAAGAUGCUGAGCAAGUGGAACUGCACAAAACAUUAUCACAAAGAUCUAAGGGGAAUAUGUCCAGGAGUCAUGGGCAGGGAAAAACCUGUGAAAGUCAGCACAGGCCAGGAAAACAGCUGGGAAACCAAGCAGGGGAGAAAGUGGAUAAAUCCAGUAAUUGUCAGGGAACUCAAAAGGACCUCAAGGAAAGCACAGCCCAGCAGAGAAUCCCCAGAGGAGAGACAAACAACACAUGCAUUGAGUAUGGGAAAAACUUCAGUUGCCACAAUGGUCUUAUUAGACUGAAGAAACUUCAGUUGCCACACAGGAGAGAGCCCCUAUGAAUGCUGGGCGUGUUGUAAAACCUUCAGUCCGUGUGCAAACCUUUUUACACAUCAGAAAAUCCACAAGGAGUGAGCCUCUAUGAAUGCUGGACGUGCAGUGAAACCUUCCCUCUGCGCUUACUCCUUAUCACAUAUCAGAAGAGCCACACAGGACAGAGAACAUGUAGGUGCUACUAGUGUGGGAAAAAACUUCCAUGAAAGCCCAGCUCUUUAUCAGUAGAGAAUCCACCAGGAAGAUAAAUACCCCAAAACCUUGUCUAGAGCUGAGAAAAGAUUGUUUUGCUUCAGUACAUUUGCUCAGUGCCACAUAGUGAUCUUUAAGGCUGUUUGCACCAUUUGUGUCAUUCUCGGGUCCUCCAGAUAAGUUGCCCACUGUUGCCUUUUGCAGCUUGCCCUUCCUUGGGGUGAAUCCCAUGGUCCUUUCCUUCCAUGGUCUCCACAAGGAUUUUCCGCGACUGUAGCUGGUUUGAGUUAGAUAUCCCGUUGUAAAAACCCACAACUUCCUACAAUAAAGGUAUAGCCCAUUUAUAGUGGCUGGGGUACCUAGCAUGUUUCCUCAUGACCCGACCUAACCUCCAUCAUUUUCCUAGUCUAAAGAAACCCAUCAUAUCUCAUUUCUACUGUUCCUCCCAUUGAAUUCGAGUCACCAAGUUCCGCUCUUGGAACAGGUUCUCAUUCCCACUUGCCCUGCCUGGAGCUGAACAGCAAUUCUUCUGUAUACCUUUUUUAUAAUUUAAAAUCUUUUAAAAUAUAACAAAGAGCUGGAACAGGGACAGGAAGAAAAGUGUAGUUUCAGUCUCGGUGACACCUGAAGGAGAUCCCUGCCUUCCCCAUCACCACAGUAGUGUUACCUUCUGUCGGAGCCAUGUGGAGUUUAUUUUCUUCACAUCCUACCCUCCACCUCCCAAGCAUCAUAUGAUGUAGUCAUAGGCAGUGGUGAGCUGGAUCCGGUUCCCACCGGUUCCCAGGAACCGGCUGCUAAAUUUUGAAGCAGUUUUAGAACCGGUUGUUAAAAAUUGUUAGGAAAACAAAUGUUAUAAAAUGAUCUUAAAAUGAAUAAUCUUAAUCUUAUAAAAUGGUGUAGAAAAUAAUAGGGCAGAGGUUUGCAACCUGCGGCACGCCUGCCAAAGGCAGCACAUGAGCUGAUUUUUACUGGCAGGCUGCUGCCAGCUGGGGUCCGCUGGCCCCACUCAGCCCACUGCCUGCCUGGGUGAAUGGAA